AUAGAAAACGUUUAAAUUAAAUUAUACUAUACAUCUAAAAAAAAAAAGAGCUUUAUGAUUACAUGAUUAUUGUUUAUUUAAUUUUGGCAUUUCGUUUGCUAUUUAAAUAUGUAUGCUAUUCUCGAGUAUAUUGAGACUAAAGAGAUUGAUUUUCUGCUAAUCAAUUGAAUGGUUGAAUGAAUCAACUGGGAUGUUAAAAAUUUAAUAAAAAAUAAAACUGUAUUAAACUGUAAGUUUUUACUAUCCACCAGUAAAAGCAGCAAACAAAGUGUUGAAUGCAAAAAAAAUAUGCAGUAAUACAGAAGAACACUGGCAUUUAUACAAAACACUCUUAAAAGCGCGAAAGAAAAAACAAAGCAGGCUGAAGAUACAUCAAAUGUUGAUUAUGAUAUGGAUGAUUCUAGUAAUUGUAGAGAUAUGGAAACACGAAAAAUUAGAAAAAGAAAAUAUUCUUUUAUCUAUGAAAGUGAAGUUGCUGAUGAUGAAGUUGAAGACAAUUUUCAAUAAAGCGAAACAGGAAAUACAAACAUCUGUAGUAUUACUAAACCAACACCACCUGAUCACUUGAUGGCAAUACAGUCAAGCUCAGGGUUGCAUAUGUCAAAAUAUCUAAACAAUCCACAUUCCAAUACAUCUGAUAGCGAGCCUGGUAUUUUACACCCUGGUGUUUUGUCCAAUCAAUCAAAAACUAUCAUGGAAACACCAGUUCACGUGUUAAGUUCGAUCAACUCAUCUGUUCUUUUGGAGAGGUUAAUAACAACCCUUGAAGAAAUUAAAGAAACUCAAAAGACUCAUUCUGCAAUGUUGCAGUCUAUUAUGCGACAAAUCAAUACACCUCAGGUGGAAAAAGAUAACGAAUUGCUUGUAGGCAUUGACCUUCCCAUUUCCAGUAUCAAAGAAAUUAAUGAUUUGGAGGAGCAGCUAAAAGAUCGAUCAAUAAAGAGAACAUUGAUGAGGGGUGCAGUUAAAAGAAACGCAUUGACAGCUAAUGCAACCCAAAAAGAGAUAGAGGUUGAGUUACGUAAAUGGUUUGCUAACGCCCGAAAUCAUGGCCAAAACAGCCGGAAAAAAAAUCUAUAUCAGAUCAUGCUGAUUUGUUAUUAUCAGAAAUGUAGUUUGAACUUAAAAAAUAUUCGUCUAUUAAAUAAAGUAUAUAAGAUUUACUAUUUUCUAAGAUAUUCGAGGAUUGCCGUACGGUGAUAUUCGUACGUGUGG